AUGUCGGAGGAAGAGGAAACUGUAUCCAAGGAACAGCUCUAUACAGCUAUUGGGAUGUUGGCGGUGUUUUCCGUAAUCGGUGUCAUUGGCAACGCUCUUGUUCUGUAUGUGUUUUUCAACUUUAAGCAAAAGCUUACAUCAACUAUCUUCAUUCUAACCUUGGCUGGAACCGACUUCAUAACUUGCUUAAUUACCAUACCUUACACCAUUGUCGUAGAGGUUCUUGAUUACUCAUUAUAUUACAACAUCGUUUGCCAAAUUUACCAGUUUUUGAUUACGACAACUAUCCCGUUUUCGGCUUUUGUGAUGGUAGCCAUUGCUGUAGACAGAUAUCUAUGCAUCUGCCACCCGUUUCGACACGCGAUGACAAUUCGACGUGCGCAGUACAUCGUGGCUGUCCUUUGCGCAUUUGCAGUUAUGCUUGGAAUAUUGUGUUGCUUGAACUAUGGUGUUGUGGAUUUGUAUGUUAACACCCCUGUCUCCAAUUCCUCAUCUCGGAAUGGAACAACACUGUACAACACAACCAUGCUCUCGAGCAGUUUCUCGCCUGGGAACUUAGGAAACGCCACCAACUUCACAUAUGACCAACCAGUUUCAACGGAACGUGUGUUGGCGCACGCUGGUGUGUGUAUGCCUAUCAGCAUUGACAAUCAAUUUUUCCAUGUCUACCAAAAGAUAUAUUCAAGUUUCUUUGCAAUUUGUGCAGUCAUCGUGAUGGUCCUGUACGCUAUAAUCUAUCGAUCGGUGUUAGCGAGGCGACGACAGAGGUUAAAGAUCGUCACUAACAAAUGCUGCGGGUUCUGGACGGCUAUUCCGAACGAAACAGAGAGCACAGAGAUAUCUACACUAACAAACGUUUCCGAAAUUGGUGAUGUAGAAAAACAUGACAAAUCUGUACAAAAGAAUGGCACGAAUUCUUCAACACCCCAACCGGGCGAGAAAGACGUUAUAAUUCGCCCAAGCAAUGUGUCGAGAGCUAAACUUGAAAAAAUGAAAAUAGCUAAUAUAAAAACUGCAUUUAUGCUUUCAAUUGUAACUCUCGUAUUUAUAGUAGCUUUCUUGCCUUCGUGGCUUGUGGCUUUGCGAGUUUUCAAAAUGAAUGUUGUUGUUUUCUACAUGUAUUUCUCAUACAACGUGGCGAAUCCAGUUAUCUAUGCUUUCAUGAACAACACGUUUAAGGCUCAGUUGAAGGAGUUGUUCAAGUGCAAAUAG